GGCCGCAGGGGUUUGGGGUCCAUUUUCGUCUGGGCGUCGGGGAACGGCGGCAGAGAGGGCGAUUACUGCUCCUGCGAUGGCUACACCAACAGCAUCUACACCAUCUCCAUCAGCAGCACCACCGAGAACGGCUACAAGCCCUGGUACCUGGAGGAGUGCGCCUCCACCCUCGCCACCACCUACAGCAGCGGGGCUUUUUAUGAGCGGAAAAUAGUCACCACGGACCUUCGGCACCGCUGCACGGACGGCCACACCGGCACCUCCGUGUCCGCCCCCAUGGUUGCGGGCAUCAUCGCCUUGGCUUUGGAGGCAAACCCCCUGCUCACCUGGAGGGACGUCCAGCAUCUGCUGGUCAAAACCUCGCGGCCGGUGCACCUGCGAGCGGCCGACUGGAAGACCAACGGCGCGGGACAUAAAGUUAGCCAUCUAUAUGGCUUUGGUCUGGUGGAUGCAGACGCUAUUGUGGUGGAAGCCAAGAAGUGGAAGGCAGUCCCUCCCCAGCACGUCUGCGUGGGAAGCCUGGACAGGGUGCCCAAGUACAUCCGUGCGGACCACGUGCUGCGCGCCAGCACCCUCAGCAGCGCCUGUGCCGAGCACCGCGACCAGCACGUGCUCUACCUGGAGCACGUCGUGGUGCGGCUCAGCAUCUCGCAUCCGCGCCGGGGCGACCUCCAGAUCAGCCUCGUCUCUCCGGCGGGGACCAGGUCACAGCUCCUCGCCAGGAGGGUGUUCGACCACUCCAACGAGGGGUUCAAGGGCUGGGAGUUCAUGACCGUCCACUGCUGGGGGGAGCGGGCGGCGGGGGAGUGGACCCUGGAGAUCCACGACACGCCGUCCCAAGUGCGCAACCCCGCAGUGCAAGGGAAGCUGAAGGAGUGGAGCCUCCUCUUCUACGGGACGGCCGAGCACCCCUACGCCGCGCUGGGCAGCCCCCAGUCCCGCGGGAGGACGCUGGAGGUGCCGGUGUCUGAGAUGGAGCCGUCGAGAGCUGCCUUCCUGCAGAGCCAGGUGGAGGUGGCAGAGGAGGAGGAGGAGUACACAGGUCCGUGCCAUCCUGAGUGCGGUGACCAGGGCUGCGACGGCCCCAACGCCGACCAGUGCUUGAACUGCAUCCACUACAGCCUGGGCAGUGUGAAAACUGGCAGGUGA